CCUCUCCUUUUGUGUCAAUUUUUCAUCUUUAAUAAGGAAUUACAUUAUUUCUUUACUUCAAGCAGAUUUUCAGGGUAAAAGUAUUAAGGGUUAGUUGUGGCUUGGCUAUUUGGCAGUGGAUGGGGUGGCAGGAGCUCGUUAGCUUUUCAGGAGUGUUGCUUUGAUUAAAUAGCACACAUAAUUUAAAUGUGGGAUGUAAUCAAGUUUAGCUCCUUGAUACACAAAAUUAUCAAUUUCUGAUAUAGUACUUCUUUUUACCUUUUAAAAAUUAAUUUUCAAGUAGUAAUUACAUACUAACAUGGAACUGCCUCCUGUAGCUGACUUUGUCAGCCACCAAGUAGGAUUCAUCAUGGUAGAAGACUUGUUUGUAGCUAAAAUGAAUUAGCUGGUCCCACUCUACGCUUCAGAAGAUUUGAUAUGCUUAUUAGACAUAGUCAUCUUUCUCUCCUCACUGCCUAAACUUUCAAAGAAUCAGACAUAAUUAAGUCUACUGGAUGACUUUCAGAGUGGCUUACUGUGAUCAGUGAGGGAGUCUGAAUGCUGAUUCUGCAGCCUAAGCAAAGCAAAAAUUAUCAGAAUUGGUUACUUUUGUUUUUUUUACUCAAAUCCCUUACACUAGUAUUUCCCCUCUCACCUGUGAAAUGUAAAGUGCAAUUGCUUCUGGAUUGCUCUAUUUUUUUGUGAGCUAGUUCAGCUGCACGCAGCUGAGCCGAGAUCUGACUAGCACAGCCCCUUUAAAACAAUAGACAAUUAUUUCUUUUCCUACAAACUGCCAGGGAUUCAUGAAUCUGUUCCUUUUGCAUUUAUGUACUUAACUUGCAAUUAAAUUGUGUUGUUCAAAAGUGGUAAUAAGAUUGCUAAACCCAUGAAUCAAAAAGGAAAACCUGAGUUGGAAUACAUAUUGUCUAUCCUCAGUAUGGAGUUUGAAAUCCAUAUGCUGCUUAAAGGCUCAGUAGAAGCAGGCUUUCCCAGAGAUGUAGUUUUGUGUGUGUUAACUGAGAUGAAUGCCUCACAGGUUUAUGUAUGAUCUUACAUUGCUACUUUAAUUUUUCUAGGAUAAAUAUGAAUUUUCCCCUGAUCUAAAGCAGUUCCAUGUCUUGUUUGGACUGUUCCUGUAUUCUACGUACACCAGUUGAAUCAAUCAGACCAGAAGAGCUAUCUCAGAGCAGUGUCCAUGAAUGCCAGGCUGAUUCUGAUCUAGCUUGGAUUCCCCCAUCUACAGGAAGGAAUGAAAUGGUAUUUUGCUCUUCUAAUGUCUCUCACUAUGAACUCCAGCUGGAAAUAGGAAGGAGGUUUAACGAUUUAACUUCAGUCUACCUUGCACGGCAUACGCCUACAGGCAUGCAAGUUGCUGUAAGGAUCACAGACCUAGAAAAUUGCUCUGAAGAGCAUUUGAAAGCCUUACAGAAUGAGGUGGUUUUAUCCCACUUUUUCCAGCAUCCCAAUGUAAUGACGCUUUGGACAGUGUUUACAGCUGGUAGUUGGCUUUGGGUCAUCUCCCCAUUCAUGGCCUAUGGUUCGGCUAGACACCUGCUGAAGACUUACUUUCCUGAAGGAAUGAGUGAAGCUUUGAUAGGGAACAUUCUGUUUGGUGCAAUCAGAGGAUUAAAUUACAUGCACCAGAAUGGCUACAUUCACAGGAAUAUUAAAGCUAGCCACAUUCUGAUUUCAGGGGAUGGGCUGGUUUCUCUCUCUGGCUUAAACAACCUCUACAGUUUAGUUAACAAUGGACAAAAGUCAAAGGUGGUAUAUGAUUUUCCCCAGUUUAGUACAUCUGUGCUUCCUUGGCUGAGUCCUGAACUACUGAGACAGGAUUUGUCUGGGUAUAACAUGAAGUCUGACAUUUACAGUGUGGGAAUUACAGCAUGUGAAUUAGCCAAUGGACAUGUUCCGUUUCAAGAUAUGCCUCGCACUCAGAUGCUUCUGCAAAAGCUGAAAGGUCCCACAUAUUGUCCUUGGGACAUAAGUACCUUUCCCUGUGGGGAAUCCAGGAUGAAGAAUUCCCGAUCAGGCGUUGAUUCUGGAAUUGGUGAGAGCAUGACACACACAAUGACCAGUGAAAGACUACAAAUUCCCUUUUCCAAAACGUUUUCACCUGCUUUCCACAACUUGGUAGAGCUUUGCUUGCAACAGGACCCUGAGAAAAGGCCAUCUGCCAGCAGUUUGCUUUCGCAUACGUUCUUCAGACAGAUAAAAGAACAAACACAGAAUUCACUACUGUCUCUAUUACCGCCUCCUAUUCAAAAUAACAGAUCAGAGUUCUUGGCACUACCCUCAACAGCAGUUGGGACUGAACUUGGAAAUCUUACUGCAAGUCAAGAUGAUACAGACUGGGAAUUCUAAAUAAAUACCAAACAAUCGUACCUCUCCUGCACUUCAAAGAAGGAAAAUGUGAUUUGUAUUUGCUGCUCUAGUUUGUGUGGUUAAAAUACAAUUAGACAAGUUGUACUUGAAAAUGCCAUUGAAGUGGCCAUAUUUCAUUAGCUACUUCCUCUGCUGGCAUUGUGCAGUGUGCCUCACUUUCUGACCGAUAAGGAAAAUUGUAUAUAGAAAAUGGCUGAAUGCUUAUCUCCCUCUUUAAAAAUAUUUCUUAACAAGAGAGUUCCUGCUGUCAUCUUACUCUAUACUGUAUUUUCAGCUCAUACUGCUGCAGUCCCUGUGCCUUUCUGAAUUCAGACUUGGGUUUUGUCUGUGACCUUACUUAAACAAUCUAUUUGGUUUUUUGUUACCACACAGAUCAUUUUAGUAAAGAGAAAUCCUCCACUUCCAAGUUUGCAACUGCACAAAUUAGUUGCUUAUGCAAAUAAACGUUUCUCUCUUCACGCAUCCCAAAAGGCAUUUUUCUCACUUGGCAUGCUGUCAUACUUGCCAAAAGUUAGCUAUGCAUCAUUUUUCAUGCAGUGUUUAAUACUGUGUGUAUCCCAAAGAAGUUAAGCUACUUGAAAAUGUGACUCAUGCUCUUGCAUUUGUCUACAUUCUUAGUACAAAUUUGUGCUUUUGCAUCUCCAUUUAUUGUUGUGUCAUUUUAGCAAUUAAUC